CUUCCUGGUGCGCUAAGUUCGACAUUUCCAUUAUCGUUCACACGGUUAAGAUUUUUUUCCUCCUUAUUUUCUUUCCUAAAUCGGUUUUGUAGGCACUGUCACGUCAUCUUAACGUCGUCUGGUGAUGAAUAGAAAAUCAGGGCAUGCUUUAGAAGGAUAGCGUGCCAGGCAGUUUUUAGUAAAUGAUACAGUGUUAGUUCAUCUGUUACUGGAGUCGCGCCAAAAUGGUUCUGCCAGCAGCUAAUGACCAGCCAAGCUACCAUUGUCCACUUUGUCAGGAUACAUUUGAUUCCAGCAGAGCAUUUGAGGAGCACAAAGCAACAGCGCAACAUCGAGUUCGUUGGCUCAAGCAUUGGUAUCAGAAUAACAGGCUCCUGUUGGCAAAGAAUAAAAAUGGAAUAGUGAUUUGGCCUCAGGAGAACCUUGACAAUGUCAGAUUUGAGGAGAGAAGUGGAACAGUUACUGUUACACUGAGCCCAGGAUCUCAGAAGACAUUCACUUUGAUUUUGAAGAACACGGGAAGUUGCCCAGCCAUUCUGCGGCACAUAGAGUUGCUUCACACCUCUCAGCUUGUGUCCAUUACCGACUCCCACGGAGUAUCAAAGGGAGAGAAAUAUGUCCGAGUCCUUCCAGAUGUUGAGUAUGCUGUUGAGUGCUAUACACAGGCAGGCACUUUAGGUGUUGAACAAGUACCUGUUGCUUUCCAGUUCCGGUUGGAAGAAUCUUCUCAGCCGUUUUUUAUCAUUAGGACAAUACAAGUGAAUGUAGAGGACACUAUAGCCCAAGAAUCAGCAGCAACAAGCCCAUUCGAGAGACAAAACCCAGGAUACGCAAUACGCAGAGAACCAGGAUCUUACAUCCCAGGGAUUCCUAUUAAUAAAGACAGGAAAGCGAGAUCCAAGAGGCUUCCCCUGAACCAGUUCACUUAUGAUUCUGACCUCUACAAUAUUGCUGUCAAGAACUUUAAUUACAAGAAGGUUACACCACAACUUCAAAAAAAGACAAAGCAAAUAAAAGCAAUGCUGCAGGAUGGGCUGAAUGCAAAUAACUAUGUGAAAUGGUUCCAAACAUUGCUUUGGCUUGAAGAAAUGCAGAUGGAAAUAGACAUUCGUUAUUACAACAUGCCUGAGGCACCUUUAAAAAAAGUGUCAAAACUGCAGUACUCAAACGCUGACUGUGUAGAGCUUCAGGUGCCUGGAUUAGCUGAAAACCGUCCAUCAGUCUUGCGUGGAGAUAAUGUAUUUGUCAAGCUGCCAGGACAGAGGACAGUUUAUGAAGGUUGUGUUCAUCAGGUCCUUGAAAGUUCCAUCUACCUAGCAUUUAGUCCAGAAUUCAUGCGCACCUUUGUGAACAAUAUGAAAGUCAAUGUGGAGUUCACCUUCAGCCGCUAUCCACUGAGAGUGUGCCAUAGAGCCAUAACUCUGACACAGUCACUGUCUCUCAGACACUUGACCUUCCCCAACAACCCAGCCUCAAGCACAGCUUCCACCCAGAACAUUUUGCCAUUUAACCGCAGACUGGAAUCCAAUGUUGAGCAAAUGGAAGCUGUACGUAACAUUGUUGCAGGGACCUCAAAGCCUGCCCCUUACAUUGUGUUUGGUCCCCCUGGCACAGGGAAGACGGUUACCAUUGUUGAGGCUAUCAAGCAGAUUUACAAGUUGCAACCCAAUAGCCGCAUAGUGGCAUGUGCACCAUCAAAUUCUGCAUCAGAUAUUAUUGCAGUGCGUCUCCUGGAACACAUCUCAAAACAUCACAUGUUGCGUAUGCAUGCAGAAUCAAGGAUGAUAUCAACCAUUCCGGAAAAUUUAAGGGAUAUGUCCAACAUACAAGAGGGCAGAAUUUACACACCAUCGGAUGAGAAACUCAUGGCGUACAAGAUCAUAAUUUGUACAUUGGUGACGGCUGGGAAGAUAGCAGGAGCUUCCCUCCCUCAAGGUCACAUAACUCAUGUGUUUCUAGAUGAGUGUGGUCAUGCCAUGGAGCCUGAAGCCAUGUCAGCACUGGCAGGAAUCGUAGAGAAGGAAGCUCAGGUGGUAUUGACUGGAGACCCUCACCAAUUAGGUCCUGUGAUUAGGAACACCCAGUGCUUCACAGGCGAGGAAAGUCUCUUCCACAGGAAUGGCCUAGAUAAGUCCUAUCUGGAAAGGCUGAUGGAGAUGCCUAUGUACAGGGAUAGCACAGGCCAUUACAAUAGGCGUGUUGUGACCAAACUGCUCAACAAUUACCGGUCACAUGCUUCUAUUCUCAAGGAACCUAAUGAGAUGUUCUAUGACUCCGAACUCAGGGUUUGUGCAGAUCCAGUGUAUGUAACAGCUUUCUGUAACUGGGAAUACUUGCCCAAGAAGAACUUCCCCGUCAUCUUUCAUGGUGUCAAAGGAAAAGAUGAGCGAGAAGGAAAUUCACCAAGUUACUUCAAUCCACUUGAGGUUAGCUAUGUGAUCGAUUAUGUAAAGAAGCUUUUGGGAUCGCGGAAACCUAAGGUUCUUGGCAGAGAAAUAGGGAUAAUUACCCCAUACAGACGGCAAGUUGAAAAGAUCAGGACGCAGUUGAGGAAGGUGAAUGGUGCUCACGAAACCAAAGUUGGUUCCCCUGAAGAAUUCCAAGGUGAUGAGCGGAGGGUCAUCAUCAUAUCCACAGUGCGAGCCUCAGCCGACCAGCUGGCAACUGACCAGAUUUUCAGGCUUGGAUUCUUGAGGAAUUGCAAGAGGUUCAAUGUAGCUGUGACAAGAGCUAAGGCACUGUUGAUCCUUGUGGGAUGUCCAGAGAUCCUUAUCCUCGAUGACCACUGGGGUAGGUUAAUGGAUUACGCCCACCAGAAGGGUGGUUACUGCGGCCAGGCAUUCCCCCAGGACACCGAUGACAGUCUGGACGAUUUGCUGCAGAGGUUCGGUAGCCUUGAUCUCCGACCAACCCUGUACGAAGAUGUAAGUGCUCGGGAGAAAGCAGAAGCCCCAGAGUGGCACACAGAAUACUAGCCACAGCAUGGUGGAUUUACCGUUUCUUUGGUAACUUUGCUUAACAGGAACUGUCAAAAAGCUGCUUUUUAUUUUUUAUUAGGUACAUAAUUUGUUGUCAUUUUUCCUUUUGAUCUGUUCUUAUUUUCUGUGUGAAAGAAAUGAGUUAAAAUGUAUUUGCAGCAAGAGAAAAGUAAUAUCCUUUUUGUUAUUAUUAUGAUUAUGGUUGUUUAUAUAGUUGGUAUUAUUUUUGCCAUCAUUGUUAUUUUUAGUCAGUUUUCCUUUUCCAUGUUUAUGCAGCAUAAAACAAUCUCAAGUGUGUCUGACAAAAAGUAAUAUAUGAUUUAUAAAGUCCCUAAGGUGCUUACUUCUUUGUGAUAAAUGUUUAGUUUUAGAAAGUAAAAAAAAAAAAGGAAAAAUAAAAAAUUGGUAAUGCAGCUAUUUACAAAUAACCAAACAAAGAUCGACUUUUGAUAAAAACUGAAAAAAUAAGAUAAAAGGAAGACCGAAGGGUUUAAAGAAAUCAGGAAUUGAUUAAGCAUCACUGAUCUUUGUACAUUUAACACAGAGCAAAGCUGAUUUUCUCAAAGAAUCCUUCCAUUUUCUUUUUUAUGCUCGAUCCCCAGAGAUCUACAUAUUUAAAAUUAUAUAUUAGGAACAUUAUUUAUAGUUGAAUAUUACAGGUGGAGUGUCUUUACAGUGCUGUAUUUUUAUAUGUAUCCAUUAUUGCACAAAAUUUUCAAAUGCAGUGCCAGUAGGAUUGAUAAUAACUUACCAAAAAUAUGAUGUCAGCAAAGGUUAAGAUGUAAGGUCAGAGCUGAUGUUAAUUUCUCUUUGUUGUAAUAUGGUUAUCAUUGUAAAAACAUGAUGCCUUGUUACAUAUAGUAUGGUUAGGGUGUGAUGUAAAUAGGAUAGUGUUUAUUCUUCUUUAAAAGGAGGGGAGGAUACCCAAAGAUGCUGAACCACAUCCAUAAUCCACUGUUCAUCAAUUUUGCCUAUUUCUCGCUUUCUUCUCUUUUCUCCUCUCCUUUCCACUCCACUCCUUCCUCUUCUUCUCUUCAGUAUCCAGUUCCUCCUUCAAUAUUUCCCUCUUCCUCCUUCUCCCCUUGUCCUCUAUAUAUCAAAUCAGCCGUCUUUUUAAAUAAUAUAGUAACAGUUAUUCUCAGCAUCAUAGUUAGAAAACAGCACAGAUUGAAAAAUGGCAAAUGAUGGAAUAGAGAACACCUUAGAGCUAAUAACAAAACAUGUUAUACUGGUUUUUCUAACUACUUUUCACUGGGACCAAAUAUUCUUGUGUGCUUGACAUUUUACAUGCUUUGCACACGAGUGGAAAACCUGUGAUUACUUUUCUUUAUCCGUGACUUGCAAGUUUGUUCAAUGUCACUCUUGUUUUUUUUUUUGUUUUUUUUUGUGCCUAGUGGUGUUAUUAAAGGUUGUCAUUGUUAUUAUUAUGACCAUUAUGAGUACUAGUUAUUCUAUUAGUCGGUGAUCAAUAUUUUCAUGAUUUAUAUGUUUUUAUUGUCCAGCCUUUGAAAUUGUUCAUUGUGAAAUGAAGUGGAAGAAUUUACUAAGAGGUGACACUUUUUUCCUCCACUGAUCUAGUCUUCUCUUCCAUUUUCCUGCUUUUUUCUGUCUUGGUAAGGUGGAAUUUGAUAAAUUUUUAAGGAGUUAGAUUUCUUUGGUUGUUUGAGGGUUUUGCUUCUAUAUUAUUUACAUCAUUAUUCACAUCAUCAUUAUUACCCAGUAUUAUUACAUUGAUUACUAUUAUUAUGACUACAGUUAUUGAUUUAUAUUUUUGUACUACAAAUUUAAUUAUGUUUAGGAUUACCAAGUAUUUGUAUUAAACAUUUUGCUGACAUUGAUAAUGUUUUUACUAUAUCAUAGAUAUUAUUAUUGUAGAUGUUAUUAUAGAUACUAUUUAUAUGAAUAAUAAUUUUUGUACUUUUAACAUGCUCUUAUUUAUAAUUUUGUUUCAUUUCAUUUUUAAUUUUUCAGUUAGUUUAUCAUAUUUUUGAAUGAAAUUAAAUGAUCUAGGCCCCAGUGAUUACACUUAUUUAUAAGAAUUGAUAGCUGGAGAAAUAUGUUAUGUUGAUACUGAAGACUUCUGAUAUUAUUACUCUGCUUUUUUCCUUCUUUCGUUUUGCAUGUCUGUAAUAUGUUAAUCCUGCAUAUGGUUGUGGAUAUGCAAGAGUUAUCUUUCACUUACUAGAGGAAAGCUUAUAAUAAUAAUUUGCUGCUUUCUUUCUUUCUUUCUUUUGGGAUAAUAUUUAAAUGUGUUGAACUUUUACUGGCAUUUAUUUGAUAUAUGCUGAGUGAAUUUUUUGCUAUUGAUGUUGCAUAUAUGGUAAUAUGCUCCUGGUUGGUAUUUGUAUCAUAGCAAUUAUGAUGCAAGUGUAUUGAGUACAGAAUAUGGAAGCUCCAAUACAAAAAAUAUGUUCCUAUGGCUUAGUCCCUCUAUCAGAAGGGUUAUAUGAUACCAAAAAUGAUGAUGGAGUUGAGUCAGCUCUUAAUAAUAUAGCUUCUAUUGUUUGGCACUGAUUGUUGUUGUUGUUCUUUGAUUCAGCAAUACCUUGAUUUUGAAGAGAGAGAGAGAGAUGUAUGCAAGAAUUCUGUUCUAUGAUAUGUGGUAUAAAGGAAAAAAGAUUGGUUUUAUUUUUAGAUUAAAAACCUUCUUAUGCAAUAUAUACAGCAACUUUUCUAUAUAAAACAUAUUUUGAUAAGUAAUGACUUUUAGGAAAUGUCAUACCAUUUAGUGCCUUACAGAUUGUUACCAUGCUAGAGUUGGUAAAUAUGCUUCAGAUCUGGAGAUAAAGGUGUAUGCCAUGUAUUAAUGGGUCUGUGGAUUAACCAAAGGAAUCAUGAUGGGAAAAAUGUGCUUGUUAAUCUUAAUAUCAUGUUAAUUUUCAAUGGUUAUAUGAGGAUUGUACUUAUGAGUAGUAUAUAUAUAUAUUUUUUUUUUUUCAUUGUAAAUUAAAUUUUUUGUAAGCAUAUAAAAUGUUUUCAGCAA